UGACAUCUCCCAUAUGACAUUGAUGAACUUAACAUAAUAAUAAAAAGAAAAAAAAAACACAGUUCCUGGUUAGCAUUAUCUGCAAACGAUGAAUUCCAUGGCAAACGUAUCUGUCCUUGUUGUAGGCGUUGUUUGCCUCUCUCUGGUUAUAGCUCUAAUCAAAGUCCUACACAAAUAUUGGUGGAAGCCACUUCGGAUCCAAAGUUUACUGAGUAGGCAAGGAAUCAAUGGACCCCCUUACAGAUUCAUCCAUGGAAACAACAAAGAGACCAUCAAAAUGAAACAGGAAGCCUUGAGAAACCCCAUGCCUACUUUAUCACAUGAUAUACUGCCCAGGGUUCAACCUCAAAUUUGGUCAAGGAUCAAGUUAUAUGGGAAAAACUAUCUAAGUUGGACAGGUUCUAGAGCUAUGCUUGUUAUUACAGAACCGGAGCUUAUCAAAGAGUUACUUAAAAAUAGUGAAAGAGCUUUCCCAAAGAGGACUAGCAGAGAAAGGAAGAAAGAAGACGAUUUCGUUCUUAAGAUACUAGGGGAUGGGCUUGUGACAUCAGAAGGUGAGAAAUGGGCAAAGAAAAGGAAAUUGGCAAAUCAUGCUUUUCAUGGGGAGACCUUGAAAAGCAUGACCCCUGCAGUGAUUGCUAGUGUUGAGACGAUGCUGGAGAGGUGGAAACUAUUAGAAGGCAAAGAAAUUGAGGUGUUUGGAGAAUUUAGAUUGCUGACAUCAGAAGUGAUAUCCAGAACUGCUUUUGGUAGCAGUUAUUUGGAUGGGGAAAAGAUUUUUGACAUGUUGAUGAAGUUGUCUGUCAUAACAAACAGAAACAUGUUUAAGGCUAGAUUUCUUGUCAUCAGCAAGUUCUGGAAAAGUGCUGAUCAAAUUGAAGCAGACAAACUUGAGAAAGAGAUACACAAUUGUGUGAUGAAGAUAGUGAAGAAAAGAGAAGAGAAAGUAGCUAAUGGAGAUGCCAACAGCUUCGGCACUGAUUUUCUUGGAUUACUUUUAAAUGCUUACCAUGAUACAGACAAGAAAAACAGGAUUUCACAGCAAGAUCUGGUUGAUGAAUGCAAGACAUUUUACUUUGCUGGACAAGAAACAACUAAUUCUUCACUUGCAUGGACUGUCUUGCUUCUUGCAAUCCAUCCAGAAUGGCAAGAGAAAGCGAGGCAAGAAGUGAUCAAGAUCUUCGGUAAUCAAAAUCCGAAUCCUGAAGGCAUUGGCAAACUCAAGAUUAUGACUAUGAUCAUUAAUGAAACACUAAGAUUAUAUCCUCCAGUAAGUUCCAUGGUAAGGAAGGUAGCAACUGGCGUUCAAUUGGGAAAGCUGAUUCUACCAGCUGAUUUGGAGUUGCUUGUCCCAAAUCUUGUACUUCACCAUGACCCUCACUUAUGGGGAGAUGAUGUAAAUGUUUUCAAACCCGAGAGGUUUGCAGAAGGGAUUGCCAAUGCUACGAAACAUAAUUCAGCUGCAUUUAUUCCGUUCGGGUUGGGACCUCGAUCUUGUGUGGGAAUGAGCUUUGCGUUGAUGGAAAUGAAGAUGGCUCUUUCGAUGAUUCUACAACGCUUCACCAUUUUUCUUUCUCCUACCUACAGCCACUCACCAUUUACCCUUCUUUUGCUUCAACCACAACAUGGAAUUCAGAAGAGCUUGUCAUGGAAAACGAAUUUCUUGAUAAAGUGGAAUAUAAUGCGACUGUCUGAAUAUGGGCUGAUCAAACACAAUGAGAGAAGGCUGAAAGUUCAAGGAGGAAUAUACGACUAUACUUCGAUACCUGAGGAUUCAAACUGACAAAGAUUAUUCGAGAGUUGUCACGUCUCAAAGAAGCUAAUGAACAUCACGAAGAGGAGUGAGCAACGAGUCGCGGCCUGGAUCAAGCAAAAAGGAAAUAGAAGAAACAUCCCUUUUGAAGAAUUCGUGAAAUUUAUCUUCACACUCGAAUGAAGAAUAUGAUCGAAUGUCUCCGCAUAUGAGGGAAAAGCCGUAUAUAUAUCCAUUUUAUGUAAAGAGAUUUGUUUCCUAGUAAAGUUGAUCUAAUAGAAUUGAACCAAGAAUCAACGUCUCUUUUUGCAUUCAUUCCAUUCAUCUACAUUACAUUUUAUUGCAUCAUUAGCAUUAAAUUUCAUGAAAAAACCCUAAUUAAACGAGAUUAUUUCAGCUAAUCUUGAAACCAACAAGAAUCCACCAACCAAAUAUCACUAUGGUACCCGCCGCAAAACGAAAGUAAUGGAUCAAAGGUUAGAAAGAUUGGAACAAUUGCAAAAGGAGAUGCAAGAUCAGAUGCAGGAACGACUGGAUAAAAUUCAACAAGACAUGGAAUAGUCCCAAAGAAAUUUAUUGAGCAAAUUGACGCAGUUAAUGGCUGGGGGGCAUGAUAAGGAGAAAAGCCUUGUAGUCAAUUCUGGGGUUGAUCAUGAGGACCCUGUUUAUCCUCUAGGUUUCACCCCGACGAGCACCCCGGCGUAACCUGAGAUGUGCCCGCAAAGAAUACCUGUCACUAUCAGACCUCAAUACCAAGUUGGUGCCUCGGCACCAAUGAACUUUCAAACAGGCUCGGGUUCUAAUCUGGGAGAUAAUCCAAUCAACCCCAUUGUUUCUGAUCUUGACGAGAUGGAAGAAGGGGAAAAAGUAAGAGUGGAUCUACCGAAGCAACUUGAGGACCGAUGUAGAUGGCUAGAGGAGAAAUUUAGAUCCAUGGAGAACAUCGACUACUUUUGUGGAGUUGACACCAAGGAUUUGAGUUUGGUCCCAUAUCUAGUACUCCUGCCGAAAUUCAAGGCUCCAGAAUUCGAAAAAUAUAAUGGGACUAGUUGUCCUGAAGCUCACAUCACGAUGUUCUGUCGAAGAAUGACAGGAUACAUUAAUAAUGAUCAACUGUUAAUUCAUUGCUUCCAAGAUAGUCUUAUCGGGUCGGUUACCAAAUGUUACAACUAGUUGAGCCGUGCCAAUAUCCACUCAUGAAAAGACUUGGCACAGGCUUUCAUGAAGCAAUAUGGUCACGUGGCAGACAUGUCACCUGAUAGAAUCACACUGCAAAACUUGGUAAAGAAGCAAAGUGAGAGCUUCAGGCAAUAUGCCCAAAAAUGGAGAGAGGUAGCGACACAAGUCCAACCACCUCUUUUGGAAAAAGAAACCACGGUACUUUUCGUCAACACUCUGAAAGCCCCAUUCAUUAACCACAUGUUGGGAAGCGCUACCAUGAGCUUCUCAGAUAUGGUAAUGUCUGGCGUGAUGAUUGAAAAUGCCAUAAGAAGUGGGAAAAUAGAUACGGGAGAAAGCGUCAAAGGAUCAACCCCAAAGAACAAAGAAAAUGAAGUAAGCAACCUGAGCAUGUAUAAUGAAGGAUAUCCCAAAUCGGUCACUAUGGGCCAACCGAGGGUCAUAACCACCAGCCACCAAAGUAUUAACAUCGUAUCCAAAAAAGAGGUUGGUGAGGAGAGCACACUUGGAAGUGUUUUGAAUAGUGGGACUGCGGAAGAGAUCCCUGUAUUUUUUAGAGCUAAUUCAGAGUAAUGUCCAAAACACGCUUAUUGCUCUAAGCCUAGGGGCAAUAAGAAUCAUUUUCUGAGAUAGGCUUAUGUCCAACAUCAUUAUUUCAAUAAAAUGCAUCUUUUUUUUUCACUUCGAGCAAAUAUUCUUUUAUUGUUUUCAUUUCAUUCAUAAUCAUACUAUACAGAUAAAUAUUCUUAGAUUCUUUCAUCCUAUAACAGGUCUCCAGAUAUCAAUGAUAUGAGUGACACUCCUAUUGACUCAGAACCUCCUUUUGAGCAGGAUAUGUGUCUAGAUUAAACCUCAGGACUUUGGAGAUAAUUCAGACUGUAGCUUAUCUCCUGAUUUGUUAAAGACGGGAAAACAAGGUUCUACCUUACACAAAAUCAAUGGAAGCCAUGGCCUUUCUCUAUGUGGGGCAUAGAUGUCAUAGGGCCGAUCUCACCUAAGGUUUUGACGGUUAUCUUUAUGGUCAUCAAUUACCUCACUAAGUAGGCAGAAGUUACUUCAUAUGCCAAUGUCGCAAAGUCAACAGCCUGCGAAUUAUUGAAAAAUCAUAUGUCGGUAUGAAAUGUCAAAAAGGAGCAUAUCUGACAAUGCGCUAAAAUUGAACAACAGCACGAUGUCAGAAGUUUGCAGUCUGUUCAAGGUUAACACAUUUUGCCCCAAAAUACACGGUGCAGUGGGAGCAAAAACAAAACAAAAAAUAGAGCAAAAACUGCUACCGGGGUAACACAUUGGCUUAUUGUAGUUUUACUCAUUGAGGUCAAGAUUCCUUCUCUCCGAGUGUUGGAUCAGAUCUCGAUUGAAGAGAAAUGUUCAAAGUUAUUUGUCUUGGUCGAAUGCACCAAAAAAAAAGACGUGAGCUCGCCAAAGAAGGUUCGCCCUAGAGAGUUCCAGGAAAGGGGCCUAACAUUGAAAAAAAUCCUCUCCAUACAAAAAGGACUUUAGAAGAAAGAGGAUAUCAAACUGAAAAGAACCUUAUGUGGAAGGUUUUAUCUGGAGAAGUGUUGAUUUGGACCAAAAAGGAUAGCAAGGACUUACCUAAUCCUACGAGUGCGAAUUCAAUCAAAGAAUGUUAAAAAAAAAACAAACAAACAAACAAAAAAAAGAAGAAAAAGAAAAAGAAAAGAAAAAAAAAGAAAAGAAGAAAAAUAAAAGAAAAAGAAAAAGAAAAAGGAGAGGCCAAGGUGAAAACCCACAAAGGGCAUCUUGAGACCAAAUGGGUUUUGAAUUGAAAACCCAGGAUUGGGCAGUUCAAAUUUUGAUCAAAGGUAGGGCAUGCAGUGGCCUUGUCCUCUCUGAAUUAAUAAGAAGGAGAGAUGCUACAUCUUGGGGCAUAAACAAAGUCUUCUAGGACUUCUAAAAACAUAUCAAGUUCAAAAGGGUCCUCAAGAAGUUCGCGCGGAGAAGCUCAUGCUACGAUAUCUGGGGCACCUGUUUUCAUCUUAUUCAUUUUUGUAUCUUAGCAAAAUUUGCUAUCUUGAUUUAUUCAUUUCGAGCUGUGCUCUCAAUAAAAUUUCAUCUUAUCCAUUGGGAUAAUCUUUUUCAUCUUAUCUUAGCAAAAUUUGCUAUCUUGAUUAAUUUAUUCAUUUCGAGCUUUGUUCUCAAUAAAAUUUCAUCUUGUACAUUGUGAUAAUCUUUUUUAAGCAUUUUUCAUUGAAAUAACGAUUAAUGGACUGAAUAUUCAAGAAAAAGGAGUUUUGCAUAUUUCUCUAAAAACUUUUAAAUAAUAUAGGAAUAUGAAACAGGACUAUUGUUUAGAACACACCAAGUUUAAAGGUCAAAAUGUCUAAAGAGAAAAGUCCAAAUCAGGACUAUCCUUUCGGAUUUUGUUGACCAAACAUGGAUUGAACAAAAUGACAAAAUGUCGUGCUGGUGACAAAGCUUCAAUAAACAAACAAGCAAUGAUCACCGAGUGAUAAGAAGAGGUUUCUCGGAAGAGAAAGUCCUACAAUUGUACAUAAACAUUUGGUACGACACAUUGAGAAUGGUGUAAGGCCAAAAAGAUUCACAUCCUGUAUCCUUGAAUUGCGGUAGGAGAGGAUUGAGAAAGAGCCAGAUCUUAUACUCCUAAAUUAUAAGUGGGAGGAAGAUAUUUCAAAUUUUAUAUCCCAAAAUUAUCGUGGACUUAACCUUAAAGAUUACAAUGGAUUGAACUUUGAAGAUUACAGUGGGGGGCAAUUCGGCUAAGUAAGAGAUAAGUGUUACCAGUCGUGCAAGAUAUCAUUCUGACGUGUUGGCUAUAAAACCUUAUUGAAUAACGAGUAAUGACAACCUAAGCAUUAAAAGGGGAUCAUUCUCGAAAAAUGACAUUCUGCAUUCAUGCAAAUAUCAUUCAAUUCAAAUAUCAUUCAUACGCACCUAGUUAGGAGCAUUUGAUUCGUUGUGAUCAUAACAUCCUAAUCACUAGGCAUAAUAGGUCCAUGAAAUGGAUUCUACAGGUCAUGUUCCCCAGAGAAAAGAUCAAUGAAGUUACCCAUACCCCUGAAGUUGUAGUGGGAUGGAUUGAAGUCAUCAUAUCAAGCCUUAUCUCCCUGAGCAGCAGUGGAGUAGGUUGAAGAUUGUAUAUCUUAUCUCCCUAAGCAGUAGUGGAGCAGAUCGAAGACGGCGAAUCUUAUCUUCCUAAGGUAGUAGGAAGCAGAUUUAAGCCACCAGCCUUAUCUCCCUGAGCAGCAGUGGAGUAGGUUGAAGAUUGCAGAUCUUAUCUCCCUAAGAAGUAGUGGAGCAGAUCGAGGACGGCGAAUCUUAUCUUCCUAAGGUAGUAGGAAGCAGAUUUAAGGCACCAGCCUUAUCUCCCUGAGUAGCAGUGGAGUAGAUUGAAGAUUGCAGAUCUUAUCUCCCUAACCAGUAGUGGAGCAGAUCAAAGACGGCGAAUCUUAUCUCCCUAAGGUAGUAGGAAGCAGAUUUAAGGCACCAGCCUUAUCUCCCUGAGCAGCAGUGGAGUAGGUUGAAGAUUGCAGAUCUUAUCUCUCUAAGCAGUAGUGGAACAGAUCGAAGACGGUGAAUCUUAUCUUCCUAAGGUAGUAGGAAGCAGAUUUAAGCCACAUGUCCUAUCCCCUUGAGCAACAGUGGAGUAGGUUGAAGAUUAAAGAUCCUGUCUCCCUAAGCAGUAGUGGAGCAGAUCGAAGACAGCGAAUCUUAUCUUCCCAAGGUAGAAGGGAAGUAGAUUUAAGCCACUAGCCUUACCUCCCUGAGUAGCAGUGGAGUAGGUCGAAGAUUGUAGAUCUUGUCUUCCUGUACUGGCAGUGAAGUAGAUUAAAAACACCAGCCUUAUCUCCCUGAGCAGCAGUGGAGUAGGGUGAAGAUUGUAGAUCUUGUCUUCCUGUACUGGCAGUGAAGCAGAUAAAAUAAAAAAUAAAAUAAAAACUAAUCCUAUCUCCCUAAAGUUGCAGUGGAGCGGAUUAAAACGAUGAAUCUUAUACCUUUGAAGUUACAGAGGGUCGGAUUAAAUCUAAUCGUAUCAAACCUUAUCUCACUGAGGUCGCAGUGGAGCAGGUUGAAGAUACAAGUCUUAUCUUCCUGAAGUUACAGUGAAGUAGGCUAAAGCGACUAAUCUUAUCUCCCUAAAGUUGCAGUGGAGAGGAUUAAAACGACGAAUCCUAUACCUUUGAAAUUGUAGAGGGUCGGAUUAAACCUUAUCAUAUCAAACAUUACCUCCCUGAGGUCGCAGUGGAGCAGGUUGAGGCAACAAGUCUUAUCUCCCUAACAUUGUAGUGGAGCAGACUAGAACCACAAACAUCGUUCCCCUGAAGUUGCUACGAAGAAGAUUGAAGAUACAAGUCAUAUCUUUCUGAAGCGCGAUGGAGCGUGUCGAAGUAACAAGACACAGUGGACUGGAAUGAAGCUACUAGAAAAAGAGAAGCAUCGAAGAAGUCAAGAUUUGGCGAGACCGAGCAAAAUUGUUAUUUCUUAGUCUUUGCUCUGUUCUCGUUACACGACAACGAGCAAAGAGGGGCAGCUGUAGAAGCCCAAUUUCACCGAGGCCCAUUACAAAAUUAAACAAACCUAAUCCAUUACCCCAGGGCCCGAUAAGCCAAAAACACUUAAAAUUUUUAGAAAACCCUAGCCCCUAAAAACCCUUCUGGCGCCGCUCUUUUGUCCUCCACGUGAAUGGACACAUCGCCCAAGGUUUGACGCGUCUUUGUUGCCGGUCACCUGCAAAAGAGAACAGUGCACAACAAUAGCAAAGUUAUAUAAAAAUAUAGUGUAAAAUCGGCUAUAAAUGGCCUGAAAAAUAUUGUAAAAGGGGGAUUUUGUAUGAAAAGAGAUUAAAAAAUAGAAUACAAAAAGAGGUGAUUUUUCGUUUCU